UUCCUGAAACAGAGAGUGGUUAUAACAGUGAUGAAUUUUGUAACAUACCUUGCUUUCAGAAAAUACUUUAUUUGGCUCCUGCAGCUUCAUAACUUACUUUAAUUGAACCUUUACUGUUGAAUACAUAAAGGAAAAUCUGAUUUGUUUUUUUAAACCAAAUUAGAAGACCUUUUUAGGGCAAUUUUGUCUUUUUAAAGAAACAAAGUAUUUUUUUAUUAGCUAUUAUGGACAGCAUAGGUAAUGAAUAUUUUCUCAUUACCUUGCCUGCAUUAAAAUUAAAACUGGCAACUAAACUUUAAUGGCAACUUUUAAAAUCAAGGACAAAACUCAGAAUGUAAAUAUGUACCUAACUCUUUUAUAUGUAGUGAAUUGAAUUUAUUGAACAUCUGACUCCAUGCUGCUGUUGGUAUUUUGUGUGAAAGACAGAAAAACGUAUUUACAGUUAUUUGCAAAAAAUGCCUGAAACAUUAAUGGGAUAAACUGCUCACAUAAAGUUUCUUGUAUGCAUUAGACAUCAGAAGUGCUACACUAGUAACAGUCCCAGUCUUACGAAAACAAAAAGAAUUUAAACAAAAUUAUUUAUGCAAGUCAGAUAUACUGAUUUUUAUUUCAAUAACCCUUGCAUGCCCAUUGAUCUAGUUGUGUAAGUGGACGCUUCAGCUGACUUCCAAGACGUGUAUUUUCAACACAACACAAUUGCAAUUCAUUCCACAUUAACUUUCCAUGCAUUUGUAUCAGCUACUGCAUGGGAGUGGUUCGUAAUCGUUUGAUAAAAAAAUCGAGUUCACUUUAGUAUGUAAUUGCUUUAAUUUUUUUCCCUGUAACAUAGAUUUCACUGACACAUUAGGGAAGUGUUUACCUGAAGACCUCUACUGAUUAUCUUAUUUUGUUGUGAAACCUCCAUUCAGAGUUAACAUUGAUGUUCCCCCAAACACUACGAAUUCAAUAUGGGUAUAAAAUAAUAAGCCGUCUUGGGGGAUGAAAUAAGUGAUGGAAAAGGCUAUUUCUAACGCGAUUAUUAGAUUUACAAGUGCUUCUGCAGUUUUUCCACAGCAUAGUCCUUCCUACAGUUCUAGGUCUGAGCCUCAUGAAAUAAACGUAAGCAUUUAUAACUCCCUUCAGCAAAACAGCACCGUUUUUCUCCCCAAACGCGUUAAUCAGCGGACCAGGGACUGCUCUAACACCUGGGCUGCGGACCGACGCUCAGCCCGCCCCGGCUGGCAGCCAGAGCCGGCACGCAUCGCCUUUACCUGACAUAUCAUCUGCCUGAGGAGGGCCAGAGUUAUGUCCCAAAAGUUGUCACAAUCAUCAACUGCUGCUUGCCAGCGGAGCAACUGAAGUCUGUGGAAAAAUUCAUUUCCUUCCCAGAGGCCAGGCGCCCAAAUGGGCACCCGCCAGCAGAGGGUGCACAGGCUAACUGGGAAGCCUUAUUUCUGAGCUGUGGAUGUCACUGAAUGGCUUCCUCCUGGUGUUAAACUUGUCUCUGAACAAAAUGAAUUUCAUUACAAGGCUUUCUGCUUUCUGUCUGAGGAAAAGCAAGAUGCAACAGAGGCACCAAAGUAGUAGACGACCAACUGCUCCACUUGGAUCACGGAUUUUAACUGAUCCUUCUAAGGUUUUUGAGCAUAACAUGUGGGACCACAUGCAGUGGUCACAAGAAGAAGAGGAGAAUGCCAAGGAAAAAGCGGCAGAGAACUCACUUGUGAAAGUCCAGUGGGAAGACCAAGAUAAAUAUGAGAGAGAAGCCAGUAAAUAUUGGAAUGAAUUUUACAAGACUCAUAAAAAUAACUUUUUCAAGGAUCGCAAUUGGCUGUUCCUGGAGUUUCCAGAAAUUCUUCCAGAAAAAAGGAGAGAAAGGUUGAAAACAGAAGAAAGAUCUUCAGAACAUACAAAAAUAAACAGUACCAACAGUUUUUCACACAAAAAUGAAAUGUUUGAGGAAGGAGAAAAAUAUUUGAAGAGAAGUUAUGAAGGUGGUUCUACUUCUGUACGAGGAGACGUAUAUCAUAAAAGCCAAGUAAAGUCUCUUACUGACAAUCCUCGGGGUAAAAACUGUGGAGAAGAACUUGACAGGCUAGAAUCCUUCCCUGGUAGUGAUGCCACUUACAGAAUAUUAGAGGUUGGUUGUGGUGCUGGAAACAGCGUCUUUCCUAUUUUGAAAGUUCUGUGCAAUACACCUGGAACAUUUCUAUACUGUUGUGAUUUUGCUUCAGGAGCAGUGGAGCUGGUAAAGUCACAUUCGUCCUACAAUUCAGCCUGGUGUUCUGCCUUUGUUCAUGAUGUGUGUGAUGAUGCUUUACCCUAUCCUUUUCCAGAUGAGAUCCUGGAUGUCAUUCUCCUUGUCUUUGUGCUCUCUACUAUUCAUCCUGACAGGAUGCAAGGUGUUGUAAAUAGAUUGGCUAAACUACUGAAACCUGGAGGAAUGUUGUUAUUUCGAGACUAUGGAAGAUACGAUACAGCUCAGCUUCGUUUUAAAAAAGGUCGUUGCUUGUCAGAAAAUUUUUACGUACGAGGAGAUGGAACCAGAGUAUAUUUCUUUACCAAAGGUGAGGUAUGGAACAUGUUCAACUUGGCUGGAUUAACUGAAGUACAGAAUUUAGUUGAUCGGCGAUUACAAGUAAACAGGAAGAAAAAAGUGAAAAUGCAGAGAGUUUGGAUACAAAGCAAGUUCCAAAAACCAUUGCUGCUAUCUCCAAAUAAUCCUGCAGAAAUUAUCAAAAGGCGCCCUUAAUUGUAUCACAAGCUCCAGAACCUGAAGCAAAUUUGGCAAAACCAAGGCAGGUGCUUGUGCCUUAUCUGCAAAUCCACUGAAUCUGAAGAGGACAACCAAAAUGCAGGGCAGACUGGGAGACAGCAGGAAUUCUAGUGACAGUAGGGAAAAAUUUCUUGUAUUGGAAACUACUGUUUCUGUCCUGUCUUUCGCCAAGUUGCAAGCAAAAGACAAGGAAAUCUGCAGAUUCUGCUGUUUAAUAAUGACUAAAAAUUUGUAACAAACCAUCCUGAAAUUUGUAUUAAACACCAGUGGAAAUCACAUAAAUUUUGCUAGUUCAUUUUGA